UCAAAAGGGGGGACGGGGAAAUCGAGACUGGCGAACCGGCCCGCUGAGGAGAAGAAGGCCCGGAGCUGGCGAGGCGGGACGGCGGCGCUUCUCUCCGAGGUUGCCGCCCACAGACGAGUCCGGGACGGCGAGCAUGGCCGGCGGGGCUUAUCACAACGCUCUCCGAGUCUUAAGUCGCUGUGAACAAGAAGUCUUUGGAGACUGAGCUACCCACCUCCCCAAGUGCUAGAAGGACCAGGAAAGGAGGACUUGGUGCCAAUGCAGCAGCAAAAAAGACAACCAGAGUUAGUGGAAGGGAAACUUCCCGUCUUUGUGUUUCCUACCGAACUCAUCUUUUAUGCCGACGACCAGGCGACGCACAAGCAGGUGUUGACUCUCUACAACCCCUAUGAGUUUGCCUUAAAAUUCAAAGUUCUAUGUACAACUCCAAAUAAAUAUGUCGUGGUGGAUGCGGCCGGCGCGGUGAAGCCUCAGUGCUGCAUUGAUAUAGUGAUACGUCACCGAGAUGUCCGACCUUGCCAUUACGGAGUCAUCGAUAAGUUUCGGCUCCAGGUCUCUGAGCAAAGCCAGAGGAAAGCCCUGGGAAGGAAGGAAGUGAUUGCUACUCUGCUCCCCACCGCAAAAGAGCAGCAGCAGAAGGAAGAGGAAGAGAAGAGGCUGAAGGAGCACCUGGCUGAAAGCGUAUUUCUGGAGCAGGCUCUGUGUCAGCCGGAAAACAGAAUUGCCUCAUCGGGGCCUAGUUUACUCACCGUCUUUGUGGGUAUCCUGUGCAUUGCUGCUCUUAUGCUUCCCACAUUGGGAGAAUUGGAUUCCCUGGUGCCUCUCUACCUCCACUUGAGCGUGAAUCAGAAGUUAGUCGCUGCUUACGUGUUAGGCCUCAUCACCAUGGUUAUCCUAAGAACAUGAAUGAUAUUUUAAUGGGAUACUGAAAAGUCUUUUUUAAAAAAAAGGUGUUACAAAUUCACAUCGUGAAUGUGAAUUGCCUUUGACUCCCGUUGGGCUCAUGAAGACGCUACGGAAAAACCUAUUCAAUGAAUUAACAGUAUGGAGGGUUUUUUCUUUUUUUAAAAAAAAAUCACACAAAAAAAGCAAUGUUUUAACUAUGCUUAACCGAAACGAUGCCAGCCUCUGCCCACGCUUCUGUUACGGAAGAGCUCUGCAAUGCGCGACGGUUGCAUCCGCGAAAGGAACCCGGAGCCAAUUUUUAUCUAUUGGCACGAUAGAUAAAUUCUUAACACGCAAGAGACGUUCGGUUGCUUUUAAAAAUAAUACCCACCUGGCCCACCCUGUUGUCUCGUCAUCAUGAACCACCCCCCCAGCAGCUGCGCCUGCAAUGUUUAACUCCUCCUCCUCCUCCUCCUCUCCCCCAUUCCUGUCUUGUGUUGCCAUUAGUGCUGAGUGGACUUUGUGUACCGUAGCCGGCUCUCAAGAUGGCAGAAUCGGAACGGAUUACCUGAAUGGCGAACAUUUGAUAAAAGGCGGCGGCGGCGGCAGGAGGCAUCGUGUUUACAUAGCGAUCUAGUUUGCUGGCAGAUCCUUCACCGGGGCAAGAAAACGGGGACCGCGCUCGCCGUUUCUGUCCAGUUUCGUGGGCCUCCGUUCCUUGCCAUUCGGGAGCUCGCCCAGCUAAUUUUCGGCCAAGGUGUUCUUAAACUCGCCUCCCGGGGUGGGAUGCAGGCUAACAUUCCCUUAACUGGUGCCGACCUCAUUACGCAUCCAAACUUAAGACAGUGCUUCUGCCCCCCCCCACCCCCCCCUCGCCUCCCUCCCAUGCAAGAUGUGCUCUUGGCAAAAUAACCACAACCAGAAACGGACUUUGAGAAUGGAUGCCUCUCGCAUUAUUUGUCCCUGGGAAUGAGCGAUUGUCUCGGACCGGGCCAUUCUGUUUUUAAUUCCCUUCCUUCCUCGUCCACCCUGGAUUUUUUCCGUAAAGGUCUAAUGCACUUUGACUAUGUAAGGAAUGUUUUGGAGGAUUAAACCUUUGCACCCACCCUC